AUAGCUCGAGUCGGAGCGCGCUCGCUCUCUCUCGUACUACAGGAGCCACACUGAGGUCCUCUGCGCGCAUCGCACACACACCGUGUUCGGGGGAAGCAGGCGGACGCAGCCAAGUCUUGUGUUGGAGAGAGAGAAACCCGCGGGCACAGACGGAGGAAGGAAGAUCCGAUACGGCGUCGAUUGCGAAGACAGCCGGGGACUCUGUCUGAUCCCCCUUUUAGGUUGGCAUCUAGACUCCUGCGCUGCCCUGUUAAAGGAUCGCGCUGCUUUUUUGGGGGGGGCACCGUUCUCUUGUCAAAGCCGAAUCCCGAGUGUUCCGGCGCGCGUAAACACCUGGAAGAAGGACGGAGGAGGUCCGCGUUUUGGCGUCUCCCGCUGGGACUAUCACUUCAAACAAACGCGCAAACAAAGUGACUGAACGACGCCGAAGUCUAAUCAAGGGAUUACAAUUGUUUGUAAAGCUCUUGCAGCGUCCCCUGUCCUCCUCCUCCCCCCCAUGCGAGCGCGUCUUCUCCUCCGAGCGAAUAAGCGCCGAUCGUAAAAAAGAAAAUCUACCUGGACUUCGGACCUGAGCGAAGGAGCUUUUUUUUCUGCGCUUGACAGGAGCGGCGGCGGCGGCGGCACCGACACGACAUCCGAGGCGACCCAAGAAAAUCUGAGGAGGGAAGUGAGAAUCCUGCGAGAAAAUGCCUCUGGCGCAGAUCGCGGAGCCAUGGCCCACGAUGGAACUAGUGCAGCUCGAAACGGAGAACGGGCAGAGCACCACUGAGGAUGGAGUCACGCCUGCUGUCAAGAACCCGUCUCAUAUCACCUGGAUAGAGAAGGAAUUUGCCAAUAUGAAAGUCCAGGAAGAUGGAGACAUCAAGGAGAUCAACAUCACCCAUGUUGUCAAGGAGGGCUCAGAGAAGGCUGACGCUUCUCAGUUUGAACUGCUCAAAGUUUUGGGACAGGGAUCCUUCGGCAAGGUGUUCUUGGUGCGAAAGGUGACCCCUCCCGACGACAACCAGCUCUACGCUAUGAAGGUCCUCAGGAAGGCCACACUCAAAGUGAGAGACCGUGUGAGAACCAAGAUGGAGCGAGACAUCCUGGCAGACGUCAACCAUCCAUUUGUUGUCAAACUGCACUAUGCAUUCCAGACUGAAGGGAAGUUGUACUUGAUCCUGGACUUUCUCAGAGGAGGAGAUCUCUUCACUAGACUCUCCAAAGAGGUGAUGUUCACGGAGGAGGAUGUCAAGUUUUAUCUAGCAGAGCUGGCACUGGGACUGGACCACCUCCAUAGCCUGGGCAUCAUUUACAGGGAUCUGAAACCUGAGAACAUUCUCCUGGAUGAGGAGGGACACAUUAAACUCACCGAUUUCGGUUUGUGUAAAGAAGCCAUUGAUCAUGAGAAGAAAGCGUAUUCCUUCUGUGGUACUGUGGAGUACAUGGCACCGGAGGUUGUGAACAGGCAGGGGCACAUCCACAGCGCCGACUGGUGGUCAUUUGGAGUACUAAUGUUUGAGAUGUUGACAGGAGCGCUGCCAUUUCAAGGGAAGGACCGCAAAGAAACCAUGAACCUGAUUCUGAAGGCGCGGCUGGGAAUGCCUCAGUUCCUGAGCGUCGAGGCCCAGUCUUUGCUCAGGGCUUUGUUCAAGAGGAACCCCGCCAACAGACUGGGAUCUGGUGCUGAUGGCGCAGAGGAGAUAAAACGUCAUGGUUUCUUCUCCACCAUUGACUGGAAUAAACUCUUCAGAAAAGAAAUGAAGCCUCCAUUCAGACCAGCGGUGGCGCGUCCGGAUGACACCUUCUACUUUGACUCUGAGUUCACCUCCCGCACCCCUAAAGACUCCCCCGGCGUGCCACCCAGUGCCGGCGCUCACCAGCUCUUCAGAGGCUUCAGCUUCAUUGCGUCAACUCUGCUGGAGGAGGAAGGUUCAGAGGAGCCGGUCAAGCCUCAGCCGCACCCAGUGGUCCAGCAAUUACACGGGAAGAACGUGCUGUUCAGCGAUGGCUAUGUGCUGAAGGAAGACAUCGGCAUGGGCUCCUUCUCCGUCUGCAAACGAUGUGUCCACAAAGCCACCAACACAGAGUACGCUGUCAAGAUGAUUGACAAGACCAGCACAGACCCCUCUGAGGAGAUCGAGAUUCUGCUUAGAUAUGGACAGCACCCCAACAUCAUAACGCUGAAGGAUGUGUACGACAACAGUAAGCAGGUGUUCCUGGUGACGGAGCUGAUGCGCGGGGGAGAGCUGCUGGAUCGGAUCCUCAAACAGAAGUUCUUUUCGGAGAGGGAGGCCAGCGCUGUGCUUCACACCAUCACCAAGACCGUCGAGUACCUGCACUCACAGGGGGUGGUGCACAGAGACCUGAAGCCCAGCAACAUCCUCUAUGUGGACGAGUCAGGGAACCCGGAGUCUAUCAGGAUCUGUGACUUUGGCUUCGCUAAGCAACUGCGCGCCAACAACGGCCUGCUGAUGACCCCAUGCUACACUGCUAACUUCGUAGCUCCUGAGGUGUUGAAGCGUCAGGGCUAUGAUGAAGGAUGUGACAUCUGGAGUCUGGGAGUCUUGCUGUACACUAUGCUGGCUGGUUUUACUCCUUUUGCCAACGGACCCGAGGACACCCCAAAUGAGAUCCUGAACAGGAUAGGCAACGGCAGCUUCAGUCUGACUGGAGGAAACUGGGACACCGUGUCCGACGCUGCCAAGGACCUUGUGUCCAAGAUGCUUCACGUGGACCCGCAUCAGAGGCUGACUGCCAAGCAGGUCCUCAAACAUACCUGGAUUGUUCAGAGAGACAAACUGCCCAACAGCCAGCUCCCACAUCAUGAUCCCAAACUGGUCAAGGGUGCGAUGGCAGCCACCUACUCCGCCCUGAAGAACUCCCAGCCGACUCCAGAGCUCAAGCCCAUCGAGAGCUCCUUCCUAGCCCAGAGGCGUGUCAAGAAACUUCCCUCCACCUCCCUGUAGAGACACGAAACAACCAAUCAGCUCACUGGAGACUGACUGAAAACCGCACCUCCUGGCUCCAAACCACCCAGUCAGCUUGCUCGGGGACUCGGUGUCCAUCCGCCUCUACCAGCCAAGGAACACCGACUGUGGUCCUGCCCCCGUCUUGUGACAUCAGCUGUCCCGCUCUCACCGUCAUCCUCCUUGUUCGGGCCCGUCAGAUGCUGUCAGCCAAUCUCCUUCUGGACUGGCAUGAGAUCGUGAUGAUUGAUGGGGGUGAUGAGGGCAAAAAAAAUUUAAAAAACAAAAGGGUGCAGGUUUUUGGCAGAUGUAUUAGUGCUGUGUGAGUGUGUGUGCUUGGGUGUGCGUGCGUGCGUGUGUGUGUGAGGGUGAUUGUGCAUGACCUGCAACAGAGUCGAUGCAGCCAUGUUUUUUUGAUUGUGACAACGACAGUUUUCUCCCCUCAUCAUUGCUGUAAUCAGUUGUCAUCCAGCUUGCUGCACGCCUGUCUGUCUGCCUGUUUUUGUUGUCUGUCUUCCUGUUCUUUUUGUAAAGUUGAUGAGCUUUAUAUUACCGGGUGUGCCGCCAAAUCAACCUGUGCUGAGGGCACAAAAACACAGUACUGUCCAACUGCUGUUAAAUGUUUUUUGAAAGAGCAUUAUUAAUAUGAAUAUUAAACAUUUCUGCCAUAAUUGCCUCUUUGGCUUUGGUACAGCCAGAAUAUGUGGAUUCUAGGAAAUGUCAAAUGCUGAUGUUUUGGUUAAUGUCAAUCUACGCUUGUAUUUUGUUUAACGAAGAGUGUGUGUGUAUGAGUGGAUGUGUGUGCGCGUGUGUGUGUCUGUUGCAUGACUUGCAGUGUGUGUGUGUUUGUGUGUGUGUGUGUCUGUGCGUGUACUGUCUUGCGGGAUGCUGCAGGGUCAUGUGCAUGGUCCGGUGAUGUGAUGAUGUCAUGUGGCUUCCUCGUUUCUCUCCUCUCCCUUUUUUUUUUGCUCUGCUUGGUCAACCUGCUGGCAACCAUUUUGAGAUGUCUAUUAAUUUUUUAUUACUACAAAACUAGUAAAAUAGGUGGCUUUCUGUGAAAGAAAACUUGCCCAAGGAACAAUGUGGCAUGUUAAAAAAAUUCUAUAUUUGCUUUGUUUUCUUGUUUAUUUCUUCUUGUUUUUUUUUUCUCUGUCACUGUUUCUUGGAUAAUGCAUAUUGAAUGCUGUUUCCUGUGUUGGCUGCUUUUGUUGUUGAUCGUUUUGUUAUUUUCUUCAUGUCUAAAGGAAGUGGUGAUUUAAAAAUAGUGAAAGAUACGCUGAGCACAUCAGUCUAUGGACUUAACGCCGUACAGGUCUCUCCUUGCACUGUAAAAGGGAGAAAAAGCUGGCUGUGUCUUUAUUCAAGCACUCCAAGACAGCUUCUUUCCCCCUUCUAUCAAAUCACAGGUUUGUGAUCUCUGAAUUUCCUGAUCCUUAAUUUCCUUCAUUAUGACUUCGAUUCAUUUUAUUGACCCAUCCUGAAGAAGAGUACGUGUGUCUCAUUGUAAGUAGCUUCGUGGGCUAGGUCCUUGUUUCAGCUCGGUGCCUGUAAGCCUACAGGUGAGGCAGAAUGUCUUACAUGGAUUACACAUGACAACAGUGUUCACGCGUGGAAGGGGAGACCUUUGCGGCAGAAAAUAAUCAAUGACCCAGCUGUCUUACCUCAAAGGGAUCAAAGUUCUGUUAUAAUUCUUGUUUGGUGGCAAAUCUCUCCCUCCUUUGACUGAAUUUAUGGUAAGAUGUUAUUGUAUGAUAAAGAAGAAGAUUUUUAUAUCUUACAAAUAUUAAAAAUUCAGUUGCUACGACAAA